GCAAAAAAAAAAACGCAACAAUGAAAUUACUCAGCAUAGGAUCAUUUUUGGCUCUGUCCGGUUUGGCUGCUGCAGGACACUUGCAUCAUGGUGUUAGUAGUUAUUCGGUAGAAACUAAACAUGAACCUGCCCAUCACCACGACUGGUCGCAUGGAUAUGGUGGUGACAGUCAUAGUUUAUCUGCUGGUCAUGGUCAUGAGAGUUAUGGUCACGAGAGCCAUGGUCAUGGCUGGGAGAGUCAUCAGGAAAGUCACAGCUUGUCCAGUGAUUCUCAUGAUGCUGGCCACGGCCACGAAUGGCAGCAUGAUGAGCAUUAUGAUGAAUAUGCCCAUCCUAAAUACGAAUUUAAAUAUGGUGUAAAGGACCCCAAGACCGGUGAUGUCAAGGAUCAAUGGGAACACAGGGAUGGCGAUCAGGUUAAGGGUGGCUACACUUUGAAGGAAGCUGAUGGCACCACUCGCAUUGUAGAAUAUCAUGCCGAUAAACAUAAUGGCUUCAAUGCCGUGGUCAAGAAUGUUGGCCACCCUCAUCACGAAGAAAUUCAGCAUCAUGAAAGUGGUGGUCACACUAGCCAUGGCCAUGGCUGCAUAACUGGUGGCGUGGCCAUGACCAUGACCGCCAUAACUGCCUUCAAAACCGCCAUAAUAGACCUUAUGGUGAACUACAGGGUGUCCAAUUUGCUUGACAAUGGCAUUGAAACCGUUAUGCUUAUCGGCAUGAUAUUCCACAAUGCGGGUGGUGCCGUCGGCCUCUUUCAGAGACUUACCCUUGACUUUGUCGCCAUCCCGCUGUUCCCAUUGAUCCUUGAUGUCACCGAAAUGAAAUUCCUAACCAUUGGAUCCUUUUUGGCCCUGUCCGGUUUGGCUGCAGCCAGUCAUUUGCAUCAUGGUGCCGCAAGCAGUUAUGCCACCGUUGUCAAGCAUGAUGACAGCUAUGGCCAUGGAUAUGGUGCCGAGGGCGGUUACGGUUCUUCGGGAUAUGGUGAUGCUGGUUAUGGCCAUGGCGGUUGGGAUCAUCAUGACUAUUAUUCGCAUCCCAAAUAUGAAUUUAAAUAUGGAGUCAAGGAUUUGAAAACCGGUGACAUCAAGGAUCAAUGGGAACACCGAGAUGGUGAUCAUGUUAAAGGCAGCUACACCUUAAAGGAAUCGGACGGCACCACCCGUGUGGUAGACUAUCAUGCCGAUGGCCAUCACGGUUUCAAUGCUGUGGUCAAGAAAUUGGGUCAUGCCCAUCAUCCCGAAACCUAUCAUCAUCAUGGCGGCUAUGGCGAUCAAGGAGGCUAUGGUGAUCAUGGUUAUAGUCAUGGCUAUGACCACGGCCAUGCCACCAGUUAUGCCAAGGUAUACUUGCACUAAUGUAACCCCAGUGGAUUUUUGGACCAAAAAAAAAUAUAUAUUGACGAUAUAGGCCUUUGGCUAUGUUCCUUCAUGCUCCCUGUUAAAUGUGAUACCCUACCAAUAUAUAGCUCAUAC